AUGGCCAACAAAGGGUUCGUUCCCACAUUUAAAGAUCUCUAUCAUGCUGCUGAUGGUGAACAGUCCAAUUGGAAAUACGGUAUGUUCACUGAUUGGUGCAAAGAUCCAUGGAUGGCCUUGGGCUCCUUCUUCUGCAUGCCGUGUGCUCGAGGGAUGCUGAGUGAGAAGACUAGCACUGGUGACUUUCUUCCAUCAUGUCUCAUGAACUGCUUCUGCCCCUGCUUCGCGGACUGCAGUCAUAACAUAGCGGCACGGCAGCAGGUGAGAGGGGAGCACGGUGUUGAAGGUACAAUAUUGGAGGACUUCUGUCUCCUGUCUUGUCGGCCUUGUUCCGCAGCGCAGGAAUUCAACCAACUCGGCGUUACGAUGGAUGAUGUCGAGAAAGACGUGAGCCGUUAG